GUUCUUCCAAGAAGUUUUAUCAAAUCUUACAUCUAAACUUUUAAAGUCAGCGUUGCAAGAACUGAACGUGUUUUACUGUUCCACCUCCCUUCAAGCAGAUGACGUGUGAAGGUUUUUCCUUUUCAAUCCUACCGGGUGGAAUAAGUGCAAAAGAUGAUAUUGAUAUUGAUGCCCUUGCUGCUGAGAUAGAAGGUGCAGGAGCUGCAAAGGAGCAAGAGCCUCAGAAAUCCAAGGGCAAAAAGAAAAAAGAGAAGAAGAAACAGGAUUUUGAUGAAGAUGAUAUCUUGAAGGAGCUGGAAGAACUGUCAAUAGAGGCGCAAGGAGGGAAAGUUGACAGGGAACCUUCUACAGGAAAGGUUGAAAAUGACAACGAAGAAAGCUUAUCAAAAGAUAAAAAAAGGAAAGGAAAGAGUAAAAAAGCCACUCUGGAAAAUGACUACGACAGUGAGGAAGUGGAAGAUAAAGAUAAAAAAUCUAAAAAAACUCAGAAAGGAAAACAAGACAUACUUUCUGGCAGUGAUGAUGAUGAUCAUGAGAUGCAACUUAAGAAAAGCAAAGGGAAAACUCAGAAGUCAAAUAAAAAGCAUGAUCUGUCAGAAGAAGAUGAAACUAACAUUAAGAAAAGCAAAGAGCGUGCGGGGGCAGUGUCUACAGGUGAGAGUGGUGAUGAAUCAGACGAGGUCUCCCAGUCUAGAAAAGGACAAAAGAAAAACCAAAAACCAAAGUCCACUCCUGCUGCUGAAAGUGGGGAUGAUGAAGAAGAACCUUCAUUCAAAGUAAAAACAGUGGCUCAGAAGAAGGCAGAAAAAAAAGAACGUGAAAGGAAAAAACGUGAGGAAGAAAAAGCCAAACUGAGGAAGCAGAAAGAGAAGGAAGAAUUAGAAGGUGGUAAAGAACCAGCAAAGCUGAAGGAAGCUCCAAAAAAAGCUGAAGAGAAGGCUUCUCCUGAAGCCCCUGGCCCUGGGGAAAAAGGGGAGACUCCUGCAGGAACAGAGGCUGAUGACAAUGAGGGGGACAAAAAGAAAAAAGACAAGAAAAAAAAGAAAGGUGAGAAAGAAGAAAAAGAGAAAGAGAAGAAAAAGGGUCCCAGUAAAGCUACAGUUAAAGCUAUGCAAGAAGCCUUGGCUAAAAUGAAAGAGGAGGAGGAAAGGGCAAAAAGAGAGGAGGAAGAACGCAUAAGACGACUGGAGGAACUAGAAGCGAAGCGCAAAGAGGAGGAACGAUUAGAGCAAGAGAGGAAAGAAAGAAAGAAACAGAAGGAAAAAGAGAGAAAGGAGCGUUUGAAGAAGGAGGGAAAACUUUUAACAAAAGCUCAACGAGAAGCCAGAGCCAGAGCGGAGGCUACUCUUAAACUACUCCAAGCUCAGGGUGUUGAAGUGCCAUCCAAAGACUCUGUGCCAAAGAAGAGGCCAAUAUAUGAAGACAAAAAGAAAAAGAAGCAGCAGCAGCCAGAAAAUAAAGAAGAAAGUGUGGAGGUAACUUCCCCAGCUGAAGAUGCUGUAGAACUGGAAACACCAGUAAAAGAAGAGACUCCUCUUCCAGUAGAGCCAGUUUCAGAAGAAAAGGAGGAAGAAGAAGAAACGGAAGAUGCGGGUUUGGAUGACUGGGAAGCUAUGGUUAGUGAUGAAGAUGGAGAGAAAGAGAGUAAACCUGUCCACAUUGAAGUCAAAGAACAAAAUGAAGCGGAGGAGGAAGACGAGGAGGAAGAGGACGAGGAGGAAGAGGAAGAAGAGAGUGAAGAGUCUGAAGAUAGUGAAGGGAGUGAAGAUGAGGAUGAAAAGACUUCAGAUGAGAGAGAGGCAGACUCCCAGGCUGUUGGAAAACAAUCCAUGGAAAAAAAGCCCAGUAAGGAAAUUAGCUCUGAUUCUGAGUACGACUCUGAUGAUGACCGCACUAAGGAAGAGCGUGCUUAUGACAAAGCUAAACGGAGAAUUGAGAAGCGACGAGCUGAAAACAGCAAAAAUAUGAACACUGAAAAGCUCAGAGCACCAGUUAUCUGUGUCCUGGGGCAUGUAGACACAGGCAAGACCAAAAUUUUAGAUAAGCUCCGCCAUACUCACGUACAGGACAGUGAAGCUGGUGGUAUCACUCAGCAGAUUGGUGCGACUAACGUUCCCCUUGAAGCUAUUAAUGAGCAAACUAAGAUGGUGAAAAAUUUUGACAGAGAGAACAUAAAAAUUCCAGGCAUGCUGAUAAUUGACACUCCAGGACAUGAGUCUUUCAGCAAUCUAAGAAAUAGAGGAAGCUCGCUUUGUGAUAUUGCUAUACUUGUAGUUGACAUCAUGCAUGGUUUGGAGCCACAGACAAUUGAAUCAAUAAAUCUGUUGAAAUCGAAGAAAUGCCCCUUUAUAGUAGCUCUCAACAAGAUUGAUAGGUUAUAUGAUUGGAAAAAAAGUCCAGAUACGGAUGUAGCUGUCACCUUAAAGAAGCAGAAAAAGAAUACAAAAGAUGAAUUUGAAGAGCGUGCAAAAGCUAUCAUAGUGGAAUUUGCGAAACAGGGCUUGAACGCUGCCUUGUUUUAUGAGAAUAAGGAUCCCCGCACUUUUGUUUCUCUUGUACCUACCUCUGCUCACACAGGGGAUGGCAUGGGAAGUCUGAUAGCUCUUCUCGUUGAGCUAACGCAAACUAUGCUGACCAAGAGACUGGCUGAGUGUCAGGAGCUGAGAGCUCAAGUCAUGGAGGUUAAAGCACUGCCAGGCAUGGGCACUACCAUAGAUGUUAUUUUGAUUAACGGACGCCUGAAAGAAGGAGACACCAUUAUUGUUCCUGGGGUAGAAGGUCCUAUAGUAACUCAGAUUAGAGGUCUUCUGCUACCUCCUCCUAUGAAGGAGCUACGAGUUAAGAACCAGUACGAAAAGCACAAAGAGGUCGUUGCUGCUCAAGGGGUGAAGAUUCUUGGGAAAGAUUUGGAAAAAACACUGGCCGGUUUGCCAUUGCUCGUAGCUUAUAAAGAGGAUGAGGUCCCAGUCCUCAAGGAUGAACUAAUACAUGAACUGAAGCAAACACUGAAUGCAAUCAAAUUGGAAGAGAAAGGUGUCUAUGUCCAGGCUUCUACUUUAGGCUCUUUAGAAGCAUUACUUGAAUUUCUUAAAACGUCAGAAGUGCCAUAUUCAGGAAUUAAUAUAGGUCCUGUCCAUAAAAAAGACGUUAUGAAGGCAUCAGUUAUGUUGGAGCAUGACCCGCAAUACGCAGUCAUUCUAGCAUUUGAUGUGAGGAUUGAACGUGACGCACAGGAGAUGGCCGAUAGUUUAGGAGUUCGAAUUUUUAGUGCUGAAAUAAUUUAUCACUUAUUUGAUGCCUUCACAAAAUACAGACAAGACUACAAAAAACAGAAACAAGAGGAAUUCAAGCAUAUAGCAGUAUUUCCUUGCAAGAUGAAAAUACUCCCUCAGUUUAUUUUCAACUCCCGUGACCCAAUAGUGAUGGGUGUAGUUGUGGAGGCCGGCCAGGUGAAGCAGGGGACUCCCAUGUGUGUACCUAGCAAAAACUUUGUUGAAAUCGGAAUAGUUACAAGUAUUGAAAUAAACCAUAAGCCAGUGGAGGUUGCAAAAAAAGGCCAAGAAGUAUGUGUUAAAAUAGAACCUAUUCCUGGUGAAUCACCUAAAAUGUAUGGACGACACUUUGAAGCAACAGAUAUCCUCGUCAGUAAGAUCAGUCGUCAGUCCAUCGAUGCUCUGAAGGACUGGUUCAGGGAUGAAAUGCAGAAGUCUGACUGGCAGCUUAUAGUAGAGCUGAAGAAAGUGUUUGAAAUCAUCUAGGUAACUUUUUACAGCGAUGGGGAGGCAGGAAUAAACGCGCUAUUCCUGUUCUAAAAGUUACCAACAAAGUCGUAUAUUGAAGACAGUGUUGGAUAUAUGUUUGGGAGGAAAAUAUGUGGAUAAAAUGUUUUCCAUGAGAAACCAAGAAAUUUACACUGGUUUGACAGUGGUCAAUUUACAUGUUCCCAUGGUUCCAAUGUGCCUGUUCACCUCUCCUACUGCCCUUCCUAAUACUGGCUGCUGUUUUAAAGUUUGCCCUUCCUUCUCUUACACCUUCCUUCCACCCUUUGGCCCUCCCUCCCUCUCUCCAAAAUAAAAUAAAAUAAAUUGAAAUUUUUAUUACAGAACUAAAGCUCUUUCACUUUUAUACUGAUGAGAUCAGUACUGCAGUAUUUGAUUAACCAAGCUUCUGCAGACUUUGUGAUUCUUGGGACAUUUUUGAUGUAAGAAGUACUUCUUUAUUUAUGCAUACCUCUUCCCUUGGCUCUCUUUUCCAACAUUCUUCUGCUUUGUGCCUAUAGACAUUUUUUUAAAUAGAAAAUUAGGCAAUUGGGUAUUUCUGUAUUUGCUUUGUGUGAAACAAUGAUGUAAAGCAUAGUUGGCCGCCUUUUACUGCUUGUACAGUUCAUGAAAGUCGACCUGUAAUCAUUAUAACGCAGAGCUGCAAAUAAAGGAGAUGGACAUAGUA